AUGCCGUAUAGAGGCCCAUACUUGCUAAAGGGAUGCAUAGAGUGCAGGAGAAACAAAAAGAAAUGCGAGGAAAUCGAUGAAAACACCAUAAAUUUUUUCAGAGAAAUGAAAUAUCCACUCGAAUUCGAUUCAUCAGACUCGGGUUGUAUAAAUAACAAUAACAACAACGAUGAAAAAACUAACGGAAGUGGUGAUGGUAAUGAUGAUGAGAGUAAUAAAUUGUCCAAUCCUAACCCAAAGAAUGAAUGUAAGGUUGUCCCACUUAGUUCAACAGCUGAGAUUCCUGUGGUUGCAGUCACAGAAACCAACAACAAGAUUGAAAAAGGCUUAAAAGAAAGCACUUCUAAGUUAGAUAGAACAGAAGAAGCCCUCUACCUUAGCAUUGAAAAGAAGUUAAAAGAACAAAAAGAAUUAGAAAGAAAAAUAAAGGUGUUAGAAGAAAAAGAUGAAAAUAAAGAAAUUGAAAGAAACCCACAAAAAGAAAUUAGAGAAUUAAAAAAGAAGUUGAAGAAGCAAAUUAAAAAUAUGAUUUUAAUAUGGAAAAGAGUAGAUUUAGCUCAAAGUACAUUUUAUGCUUUACAUCGACCUUUAUUGACAAUUGGUAGUGAAAUGUUGAAUAAUCAAUCAUUGGAAAAACAACAACAAAAAAUAUACGAGGAGGAAGAAGAAGAAGAAUCUCAACAAAUAGCAAACAAAUUUCUAAAUGAUAUUGAAUCAAGAAUUAGAAAACAACAAUUUUCUGAUGAUUUUGAAAAUAUUGUCGAGAAUAACAUUAAACAAGGAUCUCCCUUAGCUAAAAUUGGUUCUUCUUCUUUCAAGAAACAAAUAAUUAAUGGUACUUUACAUUGCGACUCUUGUGAUAUAAAAACUCCAAGAAUAUGGAUUUGUUUAAACAGUAAUUGUCGUGUAAUAGUUUGUAAGAGAAACUCCCCUACAGGACAUUUGCAUGCUCAUGUUGAAGGAUAUCAUAAGGGAGAGAAAAAAAAUCACUGUCAUUGUAUAUUUGUAAAUCCACGUAAUUUAGCAAUAUGGUGUCAAGCUUGUAAUGUAGAAUUGAAUCCAUUUGAAAAGAAUUUCUUAUCAUUGGAAAUGCAAAAAUUCUUAAAAACCAUUGUUAGAUGUCUGCAAGUUAAAAAACAUAAAUCACAUCAAAGUUUUAAUAAUCUAACAAUUGAUGUUCCUGGUCUUGUUGGAUUAAAGAAUUUGGGAAAUACCUGCUAUGCAAGGCCAUCAUUAACAAAUUAUUUUAGUUAUUGUGAAUCCUAUAUACCAAAAUUUCACACUAAUACAAGAUUACAUGAAUAUAAAUUAGCUGAAAGGUUUCACAGGUUUUUUAGAUCAAUGUGGAAUGGUAACAGCACAUUAUAUUCUCCAAGUGAUUUAAUUGACGAGAUAAAAAAUUACAAUGAAGCUUUUCGAGGUUAUGGACAACAGGACUCUCAAGAAUUUCUUCGUUGUGUACUGGAUAUACUUCACGAAGAACUUCCUUACCCACAAAAUACUAUAUCAAAUGAUCAAAUAAAUGAAAAUACAAACAACAACAGCAACCAUAUAGCAAAGUCAUCAAGUUAUGCUAGAAGGUUGCUUGAGAGCAAAAUUAAAUGUUUAAAAUGCAAAAAGGAUUAUUUCAAGGAAGAUCGAUUUUAUGAUUUAUCAAUUCAAAUAAAUAAAAAAUAUAAAUCAAGAAAUAUUGAUAGUGCUUUAUCUAUGGGAUUGUUUGUUGGCACAUUAAAAAAUGCUCUUGGAAUUGGUGGUCAUAAUGCAAGCCUUCAUGAUUGUCUAGCAGAAUUUUGUGCAACUGAAAAUCUUGCAGGCAAAGAUAAAUAUCAAUGUGAACAGUGUAAAUCAUUGAAUGAUUGUCAGAAAACACUUAGGAUUACUCAAUUACCUGAGAUUCUUUGUAUUCAACUGAAAAGAUUUCACUUUGACCCAUAUGUUUCAUCAAAAAUUGCAACACAUGUCCAAUUUCCAAUGGAAAAUUUGGACAUGAGACCAUAUUGUAAGGAAUCAGUAUCAAAGGAAAAUUGUGAUAGUCCAGGUAUUAGUGAAAAACGAGAAUCAUUAAAAGUUACUAAAUAUGAUUUAUAUGCAUUAAUUCAUCAUCGUGGUGGCUUAGCUGGUGGUCACUAUAUUGCUUAUGCCAAAAAUCCCAUUGAUGGAAAUUGGUAUGAAUUUGAUGAUAUGUUUGUCACUAAAAAAUCUGCUGACGAGAUAAUGAAGAUUGAAGCUUAUAUAUUGUUCUAUAGUAAAAAAAAUCCUGAAAAAGAUCAAGAGAGAGUAUUAAUCCAGAAUCUAAUAAGGAAUAAUUCUGAAAUUUCUGAAAAUGGAACACAUUGUAUCAAUGUGAAAUUAUAUCCUAAAUUACAUGAUAUGGUAGUAAAAAUACCAAUCAAUGUUUAUUCAAUGCUGGUCGACAAAUAUGGAACUGAUGGUAGUCCACCAUUGCUUAUAUCUGAUGUUGAAUCGGCAGGAUGUUCUAUAUGCCAGCAACAAGAAAGAUUAAUGGAUAAAAGACGUCAAAAGGAAGCUCGUGAUAUUCAACAAUUAGACACAAAUUCAUUACAAAAAAGAGAGUAUUGGUUUCUAAUUAGUUCAGUAUGGCUUCAAAAAUGGCAUAAUUUUAAAGCUGGAGCACCUCCACCAGGUCAUAUUGAUAAUACAACAUUUUUGAAAAAAGAUGGAACACCAAGACCUGGGAUGAAAAUAGGUAUUGAUUAUAGAGGAGUUAAUGAAAGGGUUUGGAGCUAUUUUGAAUACAUAUAUGGUGGUGGUCCUGUAUGUGUUAGAGCUGUCAUUGAUCUUUAUUCAUCACCGUUAGACUUUGGAAACUCGCAAACUAAAUCUAACUAUAACAAUGUUGCAACAAGCCCAAAAAAUUCAAAAUAUUUAUCACACCAAUCACACCAUUCUUCAAAUAAAGUAUAUCAAUCACAUCAACCUUCAAAUCAACCACAUCAAUCAUCUUAUUCAUCACGUUUAAUUCAUUCACCAAAUUCAUCACAUUUAACUCAUUCAUCGCCAAAACCACCAUUAAAUUCAGCUUAUCCAGGAAAUCGUUAUAAAUAUGAUAAUCGACCAAGAUUUUAA